CGAGCGUGCGUCAGUCGCGCAGCGAGCGCUAAUCCACAAGUACGUCGGGUGGCGCUCCGCCGACCCGUUCGCGUGCUAGUGUUGUGUCACAACGGUGGGCCAAGUCGGUUUCGAUACACAUUCGUUCCGGCACACAACAUGGCUCUAAACUCUGAUAGUGAACAGAAAUCGAACCUGGUCCUGCGCGUGGACCAGGAUUCGGACUCAGUUCUACAGUCAUUGUUUGACACAGUGCUUAAACCAGACUCGAAACGACCGCUACAGGUGCCUCUGCGUAUGCGACAGCUUCCAAAGUCGUUCUUUAACCCGCCGUCGACCGGUUCCAAGUCACCGUCUGUGUCUCACUCGCGAGAGAACUCGGCCGACUCGGCGUUCGGGUCGUCGUCGGCGACAGGAGCGACACCAGUGUCGCACUCUAGAGCGCACUCAUCGCCAGCGAGCCUGCAACAGACGUAUGCGGCCGGCCAACAGACUCAACAACCCCCUCUACACCACCAGCAUUCAAAACAAAGAUCAUAUGACGUCGGCUCACACAUCCCGGAUGAACUAGGCCCUCUGCCAUCUGGAUGGGAACAGGCGCGCACUCCUGAAGGACAGAUAUACUAUCUCAAUCACAUAACAAAGACGACAACAUGGGAGGACCCGCGAAAGUCCUUGGCAGCACAGAGCGUCACCGCGGGCGUUCAGCACCAGAGCGCAGAAACCCUCCUCGCGACGCCGGCAGCGCAGACAGUGCCCGCCGCGCCAGCACCAGCAGCGAAGAGUACAAGUAGUAGUACGACAGACCUGGGACCGCUGCCCGACGGCUGGGAGCAGGCGGCGACGCCAGAGGGCGAGAUCUACUUCAUCAAUCAUGCCGCCCGCACUACUUCCUGGUUCGAUCCUAGAAUACCCCAACACCUGCAGCGCACGCCGGCGGCGGGCGCGGGCGCGGCGGGCGGCGGCUGGGUGAACAACGCCACGCUGCAGCAGAAGAUGCGCCUCCAGUCGCUACAGCUCGAGCGGGAGCGGCUCAAGCAGCGGCAGCAUGAGAUCAGAUUACAGCAAGAGCUGAUGGCGCGGCAAGCGUCAUCGUCCAUAGUGUCAUCGCUGACGUCCAGCGUGAGCGCGGCGGGCGAGCCGGCGCUGGACCCGUUCCUGUCGGGGCUGAGCGAGCACCAGCGGCAGGAGUCGGCCGACAGCGGGCUGGGCAUGGCGGUGCCGUCGUACGCGCCCGAGGACUUCCUGACCAUGGACGACCGCAUGGACUGCAGCAGCGAGGCGGGCGCCAGCCUCGACACCGACAUCACGCUCGCCGACAACCUCGACUCUACGGAUGACCUCAAUACUUUACAGAUGGGAGAAUUCACGGCAGACAUAUUGUUGGAUGACGUGCAGUCGCUAAUCAACUCGACGCCCAACAAGCCGGACAACGUGCUCACCUGGCUCUAGGGCCCGGCGGGGAGACCCGACCCAAUACCAAAUGUAUAUCGUGUACAUUGCAGACAUUGACUAGUUGCGUGUGUAUGAAGUGUUUAUGUCGUGUGACUAUGGUUAUGUUGGUACGGUAUAGCCCGGUAUGACUCUCACGUGUAAGUAAUACAGUAUUGUUUUUUUGAAGUCUCUGCAUUUAUUCAAACGAGAUAGAAUUACGCUCUGUAUAAUCGCUGUACUACAUGUAUACUUAACAGUGAAAGGGCAUUCGGCGUUGCUUAUUUCGAUUUCGACUUCUGCGUUAAGUAUUAUAGAAUGUAUACUGUGUAGUGUCCAUUUUGGUUAAGUGCAAAAUGUAGAGCUAUGGUAAUUGCCAAGUAGGUAACCUUAAGUGGUAGGCCAUGACUGUAAUAAUGGCUAGUCACUAUGUAAAGCCUCGUCACUUGUAUAGUGCUCGCGCGCGGCUGAGGACUAUUGACUCGUAGUUUCGAUGCAAGCCUUCUUUCUUCGCCGAAAGUAGCAGUGUUGCAAUACUAAUAGUAAGCUAGGUUUCCAAUAAUCUUUAGCUUUAAGACUAAUGGAAAUCCUAUCCUUUUUUUGACUAAGUAGGUAUAAAAUAAACUGAAUAAAGUUUAAUCGACUUUGAUUAAUAAAAUUGUGAUAACAUCUCGAUGGAACAGUGCCUUGUUGUGCCUUUAUUAAAAAUAUAUUUAUUGUGGUAUGUAUUAGGUAAAAUAAAAAUAUUUACACGUGCAGAUUUUGAGGUGACGUCGACGUCAUGUAAUCGGACAGAUCUACUUAUAGUUGGAAUUAUCUCGUUUCGCCUACCUACUUACACCGUCCUUGUGUAUUUUAUCGAGAUUAUAAAUAGGUACGCAUAAGUAUCUAUAGUUAUAUAGCUUAAUAGUAGACUAGAUAAGGAUUGCUGGCUAAAUUUCAAUAUACACUUUUAUAAAUUAAAUUUGUUUAGAAUUUAAUCUAUGUGUAUGGGUGCAGCUAGCUAAUUAACAUUAGGGAAUAAAUGAAGCGGCCGGGACGGGACGGCCGCGCUGUCAGUGCCUUGUCAUGUGUCGGUGCUGGACGGUCAAGUCAACAGUGGACAGUGAACGCAAUAAAGCAUCCACUCUGUGCCGAGCCAACCAUCAUCGUUGAAUGAUUAUCAUUUACCGCUACAUACUUAAGUAUUAUCGUCUUUUAUUAUAAUUAUUUUUCUAUCUCUUCCGAGUGAAGUUAGGUCAGAAAGGAAAAAAUGUGUUUUAGCCCACCUAGUCUUUAGAUUUUUUUAUGAAAUUUAAUAUACCUAACUCGAUUGAAAGUGCGACAAUAAAUUAGGACUUUAAUAUGAAACGCUACAUUGAAAACUUUGCCAUAUUAGUGACGUACUAUUAUUAAUCUUAUAAGACUUAAUGUACUCUUCGGUUUCUAUAAGCAUCUGUGUAAGUAUUGUAAGUAGACGUAACGGUGCUGGGUUUAUGGUACAUUUAAUUUUGUAUUCUGUGGAUCGCCGUAUUUAGUCUUUUCGCGCCAGAGGCGAGACAUAUCAGGAAAACAGUCAGUACAUUAUAGAGUCAUAGAGACUCGGUAUUACAUAGAUAUGGCGCUGAAAAGGUUAAGUAUGUCGUGUUCUGUAAACUCGCGCCCCACAUAUACUAUGCUCAUAUUCUUCGGUUCAUUAUUCUGUAUUCGCUAUACAAAUUCUUACAUUAUAAUCACUUCGACAGAGCAAAGUAAAACAAUUGACAGUGUCGAUUUUAUUGUAAUGCUGGCGCUAGACACGAUGUCAAAUACGACUGCCAUCUCACAGAUAUUUAGGUACGUGUGCAAUGUUUGAACACACAUCAACACUUACUAUUGCGUGCCGGUGGAAUAAUAGGUACAUGUGUAAACUAUCUGAUUGUCUCAUGAAAUUUUACAAGUUACUCGACUACAUUUUAGAAAAUAAAUAGUAUAACAUUUAAUCUAUUAGGUAAACUUAUAAAAUUGUUAGCAAAUUGUAGCUUUUAAAUUUCGUGAGAUAAAGGGUAGGUCUACCACGUGCCACUCUCGCGGUCAUAUGUCUUCCAUUACCUAAGUGUUGCAAUGUUUGUUCGUGGCUGGCGCCCGCAUGACUCUGCGAACUGCCGCUCGUCGCGUCCGUCUUUAAUAACCAAGACCAACACACACAAAAUAACUAAUAGUAGAUGUCACAUGUCACAAAAUAAAUCGUGGCUUACUACCGGCUUUGGCAGUAGAAGAAGUCUUUUAUAAUUCUGCAGUGUAAACCGAGCCACCGCGUAUUUUUCAAAUGUGUACGUCUACGUCUAGUUAUUCUGUUUGUGACCGUCCGGGACUCGACGGCCGGAGCCACAAAAACAUUCCAUACAGCUAACGGUCCCCGCUUUUAUGUAGACAGAAUAAUAUUCAGAACAAUAUUAUAUUUCAUAAUCGUUUAUUUCUUAAGUAGUGUAGCCGUCAUAAUUUUAAUACAUAUCUCUUACUGGCUGACCGCGGAUGCGAGUUUUCUUUGUAGUAAGUUAUGUUUCGUGUAUCUAUGUUACGACAAUGAAAUUUAUGGUUAGAAUAUUAAUUUACAAUAAUUUCAUUGUAGAUAAUUAGAUAUUCUUAUAUGAAUUAAAUAAAUAUUUGUUUUAAUACA